CGGGUCAUGACCCCAAGGGAGCAGCUGAGGAAGAUGUCAGUGAUGGGGGAGCAGGGGGCUCUUGACGAGAAACAUUGGUACCGCCUGGUCAACGGCAUGUCUGCUGGAGAGCUAUGUCAGAGGCAGGAGAUGAUGAUGAGGAACCAGAUAGCCAUGGCUCCUCAGAUCCUGGCCCAAGGACAGCAGAGGGCACAGGGGGUGCCCACCCAGUUUGAGCCUCGCUUCAUGGAACGAGAGCUAGUUCCACCCUCAGAGAUGGUAUCUUCCGAGGCCAGGCAGAUGCACAUUGGGGGUCACCUGGGUCCGCCCAUGCCCCCACACCCUGGAAUUUCUGUCAGGGGCUUCCCUGGAGUUGGUUACAGUUUCAUGCCCUCAGAGCCCAUGGAGACAGUUGCCCGGCGACAGGAGCUCAUCCACAAGCAGAAUAUCGCCAGGAUGGAGAUGAAUGCCAUCCUCCACCAGAAGGAGAUGGAGAACGCCCAUCAGAAGGGUCUGAUGGGUAUGGAUGCGCCCAUGAUUUACCAGUCCAACGCUAUGGCACUCCGGGGGCGCCAGCGCCUCCCAGACGGCCACGACUUCUUUGUCCACCGUACCACCCUGGAGGAAAUGCAGGCCAACAACCUCCUGAUGUCCUCCAGCCCCUAUCCACCAAUCAGCACGCUGCAGAGGGAGAGGGGCCGCAGGGCUGGUCGCAGGGCAACUAAUCACAAGAGUGCAGAGAGCCAUGCGUCUGGACACAAGGGCCAAUCGGAGGACAAGAGCGUGGAGCAGAGUCCCGGGGGUGCCUCUGGAGAUGAGAAAGAGGCAGAGGGGAAAAUGGACAUGGGAGGGGAGGCAGUCGGCAAACAACAUCAAGCCAAAAUGGGCACAGAGCUCUCGUCGAAUGGCAGAAAGAGCUACAAGGAGGCGACACAGGGCCUGCGAAAAGCCUGCAUAAACAGUCAAGAUGGCUGCCCUGACGUCACCAACUGCAACAGUGGCGCCAGCGACAAAGACAGGCCCAGUCAAUGCUCUGCGUUCCAGUAUCCCUCCGCCAGUGGACCUAUCCCAGGCAUGCCUUACAUGUACCCUCCUGGGCCACCCAAUCUCUUUCUUAACGGACAAGAUAUGUCCUCUGUUGAAGACCUUAGGAAGUGGACAGUGAAUGACGUGUACAUCUUCAUCAAAAACAUGCCCAGCUGCUCUGAAUAUGCUCAGACGUUCAAGGACCACAUGAUAGAUGGAGAGACAUUGCCAUUCCUGACAGAAGACCAUCUAUUGGACACGAUGGGACUGAAGCUGGGCCCGGCACUCAAGAUACGAUCACAGGUCUCGAGCCGGCUAGGCAGCAUGUUCUACAUGAUGAGUCUCCCACUCUCCGCUGCCGCCACCCUACAGGCCACAUCUGAGAAGGCAGGAGGAGACAGAUCGUCAGAGAUCAGCUCCCCUGUAUACUGUAACAGUGUGGAGAUGAUGGGCAGCCCCUGUACCAGAGACCCAGAAGGACGGAAACCCACAGACCCCCUCCCAGAGACUGACAACCCCUCUCCCCCCUCGGCCAGCAGUGAAACUGCCUGAGGCAUCAGUGAGGGAGGUACGAGUCCUCGGGCCAGUGACUCAGUUCCAAGUCGACCCCUAGCUCCUACCACAUACUGUACAUAUAGACACAAACCCCCUAAGGACUUAAUGUAGAUCUUUAAGCAUUGGGUGGGUAUAAGUAAUGGAUGCAUCUUGCCCUCUGAUUGGCAAGGUGGAUUGUUAAUUUCAUCUGUCCAAUCCUUGCAAACAGUCAGAAGUGCAUAGGUAGUAGGAAGUAGGGGUCAAUUUGGAAUUCAGCAAGUGUUUCAGCCCUAAGAGCUGUUUUUAAGCUGCUUACCAUAUCCAUCAAGCUAUUGUGUUCAAAUCUAAAUCAAAUUGUAUUUGUUACGUGCGCCGAAUACAACAGGUAUUACAGUGAAAUGCUUACUUACAAGCCCUUAAACAACAAUGCAGUUUUUAGAAAAUACCUAUAAAAACCGUAAGAAUUAGAAUAACAAAUCAUUAAAGAGCAGCAGUAAAUAACAAUAGCGGGGCUAUAUACAGGGGGUACCGGUACAGAGUCAAUGUCAAUGUGCGGGGGCAGGUGUCGAGGUAAUUAAGAUAAUAUGUACAUGUAGGUAGAGUUAUUAAAGUGACUAUACAUAGAUAAUAACAGAGUGUAGCAGGAGUGUUCCAAUGCAAAUAGUCUGGGUAGCCAUUUGAUUAUCUGUUCAGGAGUCUUAUGGCUUGAAGGUGGAAGCUAUUUAGGAGCCUCUUGGACCUAGACUUGGCGCUCUGGUACCACUUACCGUGCGGUAGCAAAGAGAACAGUCUAUGACUAGGGUGGCUGGAGUCUUUGACAAUUUUUCGGGCCUUCCUCUGACCCCGCCUGGUAUAGAGGUCCUGGAUGGCAGGAAGCUUGGCCCCAGUGAUUUACUGGACUGUAUGCACUACCCUCUGUAGUGCCUUGCGGUCGGAGGCCGAGCAGUUGCCAUACCAGGCAAUGAUGCACCCAUGCUCUCGAUGGUGCAGCUGUUGAACCUUUUGAGGAUCUGAGGACCCAUGCCAAAUAUUUUCAGUCUCCUGAGUGGGAAUAGGUUUUAAUGUGCCCUCUUCACGACUGUCUUGAUGUGCUUGGACCAUGUUAGUUUGUUGGUGAUGUGGAUGCCAAGGAACGUGUAGCUCUCAACCUGCUCCACUACAGCCCUGUCGAUGAGAAUGGGGGCGUGCCCGGUUCAGUUUUCUAGUGUGUGUCAUACAGUGUUUAAACUGCUAAGAAUAUGAUGGAAUUGUUUUGUAUGUACAGUAUUUAGUUCUAGUUCAAAUGUUUGGGACUUUUUUUUUUUCAUCAACCAAUGGUUGACUGUGCUGUUGGGAACCAGAUUGCUAUAACAUAUGAUGUCGUUAGCUGAUACGUAAAAUACCUAUCCAGGCGUUAUAAGAUCUGGCAUGCGUCAGCAAAGUCUGAGCAGGGGAAUACAACCCAUGGGUCAGCUCCAGACUGUCUAGGCGCCUGCGCAGGUAGCCCUCCCUCGCAUGCUGCCUGCCUCACCUAGAGAUUCUUGUUUUUCUACAGUAAAAAGACUACAAUAGCCACAAGGCUGUUGACAACCAAAGCAACCAUUACUACAAUUGUUUAACAUAGCAGUCAACAUAUUUCCUAUUGUCUCAAAAUGAUUAAAUGUUUUGUUUCACGUGUUAAAGUUUACAAAGCACACAAGGAGCAGUGCAGUUAAAUACGUUUUUUUUAAAUGAUAUUUCCACACUUAUAACCAGGUUUCCAUCCAACCAUUUAACGUGAGUAAAGUACAUGUCGGAUAGAAAUGUUUAUGACGGAAACAUACAAUUUGUCAGUAAACUUUCCAAAUGUCGACAUAACAAAAUACGCUAGACAAGGUGGGAUCUUUUUGUGUCUGUAAAAUGAAUUAUGUGAGAAGUUUAGGUGGAAACGCUCUUAUGCACAUAUAUUGAUAGAAUAACCUUCAUAUCAAAGUAAAAUUGGAUUUGCACGAUGACAUGUGUGGUCCUCUCACUCCAACUCGUCAGGAAAGCAUGCAGUUUAUUAGGAUACAGAUUAAAUAACUGAUGAUGAACUUCAUAGUUUGGUGAAAGUGCAAGGUGAUGAGCUUGAUUCUCAUUUCCCAUAAAUAUCGAGGGUAUUAUUCUGGUGAAAUGAUCAUCGAUGCUUGGCUGCGUUUGACAAAUAAAAUAAUCUCACUCUUUUGUCCAUAAUAAUCUCAUCAUGUAGGCUAUACUAGCACUGUAUCUGUGAGCUGUCGACUAGAGAGCAUGUGCCAAUUGUCACGCCCUGACCUUAGAGAUCCUUUUUAUGUCUCUAUUUUGGUUUGGUCAGGGCGUGAGUUGGGGUGGGCAUUCUAUGUUUUGUGUUCUAUGUUUUUUAUUUCUGUGUGUUUGGCCGGGUAAGGUUCUCAAUCAGAGGCAGCUGCCUAUCGUUGUCUCUGAUUGAGAACCAUACUUAGGUAGCUUUUUCCCACCUGUGUUUUGUGGGUAGUUAUUUUCUGUCUGCACCAGACAGAACUGUUUCGUUCGUUCUCUUUGUUAUUUCAGUGUUCAGUUUAAUAAAAAUUUAACACGUACCACGCUACAUCUUGGUCCUCGUCUUCAAACAGUCGUUACACCAAUACCAGAGUGGACACACUUGGUAUAUAUAGUGUAAUGGAAAAGUGUUUUGUGAGAACCAUCAGUGAAGUAAAAAAUGCGAAUGAAACACAUUUGACUUGUAUUUUCUAUAUUCGGUACAUGGGAAUUGAACCGCAAAAUGUAUUUAUGUGCACUACAUCAUAUACACACAGCCUUUUAUCCCUUUUAUCAGGUGGGAAAAUGCACAUAUUGUUUUCAUGUGGAUUUUAGAGUAUUUGCAUGAAAAUCUGUCACCAAAAUCUGAAACCUAGCUAGUGAGUUCGAAAUAACGUUCUGAAAUUGUGAAAAUUAUGAAAAAAAUGCCUGGAUUUUCAGCCUGUUCAGAUGGGAUGGAACUUUUGGCCCACCUCAUGUCACAAUGUGAUCUGAAUAUAAUAGAAUAAUGACUGUUCCUCUGGUUAAGGGGGUGGGCUCUAGAUCAUCCUUUCAACCAAUCAGGGCUGUAUAUGUAAAUAUAUUUACAUUUGUUUUCUAAAGCCCAGAAGAUUAGACCCGAGCAUUUCAAAGGCCAAAGGAGGCUCAGCGAAAUAAAUGACAAAAAAAUAUAUUUUGGACUUAUUUUCCUUAAAUAAACACACAGUGAUUUAUUUAUUCGACAUUCAGUAAACAAAGACUGCAUGGGGGCUUUAAUGACAUGCAUUAAAUCAUGUGAAAUUAUGUUAUUAAAAUAAGUUGACUCAGCCACAAAAGUAUACCUGGAUGCACAUGUAUCAACUUUGAAAGUUGAAACUUUCAACUCUCUGUUCAUUAUAUAUGCAUAGUCACUUUAACCAUAUCUACAGUACAUGUACAUACGACCUCAAUCAGCCCGACUAACCGGUGCCUGUAUGUAGCCUCGCUACUGUAUAUAGCCUCGCUACUGUUAUUUUUCACUGUCUUUUUACUGUUUUUAUUUAUUUAAUUACCUGUUCACCUAAUACCUUUUUUGCACUAUUGGUUAGAGCCUGUAAGUAAGCAUUUCACUGUAAAGGUCUACACCUGUUGUAUUCGGCGCACGUGACAAAUAAACUUUGAUUUGAUUUGAUUUUGUUUUCUUUGUUUGGGCUAAUGGCUAGGCUAAUGUGGCUUCUACCUGACCACUUGGAAAGUGGUAACAGCCUGCAAUUCACACCUCCCAUGUAGAUUGUGAAAAUUAGAAUAACUUUCAGUGCUCGGCCCCUCUUUCCUGUCAAACAUUCCUUUGUUGAUUGAGCAGCGUUGCAGUGCAGACCAACUAGUAGUGAUGGGGAAACUAAGCUUCCUGAAGCAUUGAGCUUUCCAGCCAAUUGUGUCGAAAAUAGGUACAUUACUCAAGGCUUUGAUCAACACAGUGUACACUAGUGGCACCUGCUGGUCAAAAGAAUUUAGAGCAACCAAAUUAUUAUAGAUGACGUCCCACACGCUGCAGCGCGUGUAGAGAGUAGCCUUUCUAUCUUCUACUGAAACCAAUACAAAACCAAUCAGGUGGUUGUUGGAAGAAACAAAACUUUGGACGUCAUUGCUCACGUUCUUCUGAUGAAGUGAUAAAAGCACACUGCUUCGGCACACUGCUUCGAUGUAAACUUCUUAGCGAUUUCACCACAUGCCCCGGAGCUCUGGUAUUAAACAUAACAUCACUACCAACUACAGCGCUGUGCAAGUCGCUGCCAUUUUGCCGAUGCAGGCAGUGACUCUACUUCCGACGGUGGCGUCCACACAGCAGCCAAAUUCUGAUAUUUUUUCCAAUAAUUGGUCUUUUGACCAAACACAUCAGAUCUUUUCGCACUCGAUUUUUUCCGAGAUGGUCUGAUUUGUCAAAAAAACAACUGUAAGAAUCAAUGCAAGAGAUGAGAAGCAGGUACAGGGAUGGAAGUUUUAAUAGCUGACGGACACGAAAAGGAACAGUAACAGCGUCUGGAUAGGAACACAACAACAACUAAUGCGGACACAGGGAACACCACCGAGGAACAAACAGAUAUACAGGGGUUAAUCAACAACGUGUAGGAGUCCAGGUGAGUCCAAUGAGCACUGUUGAGCGUAAUGAUGGUGACAGGUGCAUGUAAAGAAGGGUAGCCUGGCGCCCUCGCGCGCCAGGGAGGGGGACGGGAGCAGGCGUGACACCAACUAGUGAAAAAGAUAUCCGAAUUGGGCUGCCUGUCUAAAUGCAGCCAAUGAAAUGUAGAACCUGUUUGGGAAAGAUUAAAGAGUAUUAUUUAAAUGCUAAUACAUUAAUUUUGUUUUAGUAAAAUCAUUAU